AUGGGUAUAUCACUUAGUAGUGAGUCGCAACACAUCAAUUCUACUGAGCAGACAAAAAAAACUAUACGAACUACACCGGAUAGGAUAUCCUCCGAGUUAUUAAAAAAAAAUUUUAGUCAAAUCGAAAGUUACUCUUUAAAAACUUGCUUUGACACUAUUUGCACUGUGAGCAAAGAUGGAAUCGCUCAUAUUGACGAAGAAUCUUUUGUGAAAUAUCUAAGUUUUGCUGAUAAUAUUGGCGUGGGGCCAUUAAUAUUUCGCUCUUUCUCUUACCUUGCAAACUAUCCAAGUACGGCCCACACACCAUCACUUCUCACUUUUAAUGGACUGGUAAAAGCUAUCGCCAUAUAUUGUGAUAAAAUCAAAAAUGUUAUCGAUGAAGAUUAUUCAAAACUUUUGUUUGAAUCUUUUGCAACGUGGGAAGACGAUGAAUCUUGUAAAGAAUUUCUAUCUCUGGACAAAAACACCUCUACUACCACCAUUAAACUUCCAAAAGUAAAAUGUCAAGAUUUAAUAGACAUAUUAACAGCUAUUGUAUGGGUGACAACAUGUGAAAUGAUAACAGCCAAUGCAGAAUCCGGAAAUUUCAUGGAAAUUCUUUCAAAUAUGAUUUCUCUUAAAAACAUUUCUCAAAUUCGUGACGCAGUAACUCCAAUAGUUUAUAGUAUUUCAAAACCAGACACAAUGUUUAUAACUUGGCCAAAAUUCAAAUCCUUCAUAUGUCGUAAUGCUCCAAAUAUGUUUCGUUCAUGGUCUUCAUUUUUUUAUGGUCAAUUUUUUAUUGGUCAGACUCUAUCUCGAACACGUAAGGAUUCUUUAUUCUUUGGCCCUCCUGUACGAUCUUUACCAGUAUUGGAUUCAAAAUCGGAUCUUUUAAGUCCUAUAAAUAUGGCUAUUUUAUCUUGGAUGCCUUUACCUGAUCACGUAUUUAAUCGUCGUCAAUGGAAUCGAUUAUAUACUAGCACUAAACAUGGUUUCAGUAUGAGCAGUUUUUCAACAAAUGUAUUUAAAUAUCAUGGGCCUACCCUUAUGUUAAUUCAUGCUAUUGUAAUAUCUGACGAUAGUAUUGGCAAUAAUGAUGAAAAUGAUACAAUAUUAUUGGGUGCUUAUAUUUCAGAAUCUUGGAAUUCUUCUAAACCAUUUGGUACUGAAGAAUGUUUAUUAUUUGAAAUCUUUCCCACUUACGAAUCAUUCCCUGCCACAAAUCAUAAUUCCAAUUAUGUGUAUUAUAAUACUUCAUCGGGUAUAGGUUUUGGUGGUACAGACACCGUUCGUAAAACCUCCCGAUUGGAUAAUAAGCACUCUGGUUCGUUUAUAUUACAGCUUGAUAAUACGUUACAAAAUGGCACUUAUAGAAGUGAUUCACUCAAGGGAUCCCAUCAUUCAUACAAGUUAUCAGCAACAAGAACUUAUUUUGAUAUACAGUUUGAAGUUUUGGAAAUUCAAGUGUUUGGGUUGGGUGGAGAUACUGCAAAACAACGACAGGAUAAUGAGAGAAUAUGGGAAGAAAAUUUAGCAAAGCGAAAAGGAUUUAGACAGUAUAAUUCUAAUGCUAUGGAUAAAGAGAUGCUAAAG